AUGGCUAGCAGCGACGGCUGGUUUCAGGGUGUUGGAACACCCCUUUCUGACCUCGUGCAAAGGAAGGCUUUGCCAGCUCGGGCUCUUAAGAAGUCUUCUCAGGCUGUGGCUGGAAGGCCAGAGCUUCCACCUUCUGACAGGUGCAGUGUACCAAAGGUGGCACCAAAUCCAGCCGACACACCUCCAUCAUCAGCACAUCCUCCAAAGAAAGACACAGAGGAGUUUAUUGGAAUGUAUAAACAGAGGCUAAUACACCCAGUGUCUGCCUUGCAUCAGUUUGCACAAAUGCACCAUUUACAGCUAGAAUUCAAAGAAACUGGUGUGCCAGGCGGUAUCAUACGGCCUUAUUUUGCCUUUUGUGCCGUGGUAGAUGGUGUUUGCUACAAUACUGGACUGGGAAGAACCAAGAAGGAAUCUAGAUUAAAUGCAGCUAAACUGGCUCUUGAUGAGCUACUUAACUUCAAGUAUACAGGGGCAGAGGUUUCUGAGAAGUCAGAUCCUCCCUGUACUGCUGAGCCCCAAACUCCAACGAGCUCUGCUUGGGUUUCAAGGAUCUGUUUGGGAGGACAGCUUACGUACCAAAAACUUCCACAGACACUUAAGGAAAUCUUUAUCAGCCUGACUACCAAACAUCCUGAGUACCAAAGUUGUGGCAGUUCACUGGCUGCCUUCAUCAUUGGAAAAGGUGGACAGCAUGAAGUUGUAGCUCUAGGAACAGGAGAAUGUAACUACAGUCAGUGCUUUCAACCUUGUGGACGAGUGUUGCACGACAGCCAUGCCAUUGUUACUGCCAGGCGUGCUCUGCUUAGGUAUUUUUAUAGACAUCUUAUGCUGUUCUAUAAUGAAAAUCCGGUGAGGACAGGGAAAUCCAUAUUUUGCACAGCAGCGGGCUCCAAGCUGCUUACCCUAAAGCAAAACACGACUGUCUUUCUCUACAUGAAUCAGCUUCCAAAAGGAACGGCUCAGUUAAAAGCACAUCUACACCUCAAUCCACAAUCUAUAUCUGCUUACGAAGCUAGUGAAGAACUGAAUCUUCAUGUUGCUGUAGAAGGCAAGAUUUACCCAGCUGUUUGUUGUCCACCUGAAACUGUUAGAGCCAGAAGUAUGUCAGCUAGUGACAAAUUAACAAAAUGGGAAGUGGUUGGUAUUCAGGGAGCGUUGCUGAGUCACUUCAUUGAACCAGUGUAUAUCAACAAUAUUCUUGUAGGAAAUGGAAAUUGCAAUGAUACAAGAGGACUAGAAAUAGCUAUAAAGCGACGUGUUGAUGAUGCACUUGCAUCAAAGCUUCCCAUGCCUUAUGUGGUCAACAGAGCCCAUACUUACUUGGUGAAUGCUGCACACCCAAUUCAAAUGGACUAUACACAGAGGUCUCUUAGUCUGAAUUGGUCAUUGUCAGAUACAUCACUGGAAGUUGUGGAUGGGUUAAAUGGAAAAACCACUGAAAGCUCACCAUUCAAAAGCGGUGCUUCCAUGGCAAGUCGCCUUUGCAAGGCGGCCAUGUUUAGUCGUUUCAAAUUGCUUGCUAAGGAAGCAGAACGGAAUGAUUUGCUUCAAGUUACAACGUACCAUGAAGCUAAGAUUGAAUCUGAAUUGUACCAAGAAGCUAAAAAUUUGCUGCAAAGCUACUUAGAGCAACAUAGUUAUGGGUCCUGGAUUGUAAAGUCCUCACAUAUUGAACAGUUCAGAGACUGA